AUGGAAUCAUCAUCGCCGCUUGAUUUUGAAUUGGGACAUAAUUCGGACCGAGUGGGCGGGUUUUGUGGUCCAAAAGCGAUGCAAUUGCAAGUGAGUCGAUAUUCAUCGCCGUUGACAUAUACACCGGUUUCUUCGCCGAGUUUUAAUGUGUUAUCUGGGUCGGGAAGGUUUUACGUAGAGCCUCCGCCAUAUAUUGCACAAGGGAAUGCUAUCUCUGCGCCUCUGAACUGCCCAUCGACGUUGCAGCGUGAGGAAAGCCCGAUAUUUCAUUUAUCUGGAUCGAAUCAACCAUUUAUGGGAGAUGAGCUGCAUGAUUCAGGUGUACAGGGCAAAGAUAGGACAUGGGAUGAACGAAUGACUGCAAUUGACGUAGCGCCUUUGUCGAAUCCUCCAUUUGACGACAAGCAUGCAAUGUUUGCAUUGGUUCGGGAUACUUAUCAGCCGUCUUUUGAUAUUUCGGAUUAUAUUCUUCAUCCUAAUUAUGAUACAAAAAGUCCACGGUCAUUUCGGCCUGCAAUGUCUCCAGGAUCAACAACAGUAAGCGAAUUUGCACCAAUUACUCCUCCUUCUUCCACAGAAGAUAUCAGUUAUUUUGAUUACAUGUUGCCUCAUUCACGACCAGCAUCAAUACUUGAUCGAUCUUGGCUAGUUGAUAUAGAGCAAAGUAACAGCAAUGAAACACAUGUAGAUCCAUCAAGACUUUGCAUGAAUCAGGCUUUGCAACCGAGUUCUUCAUUGAAUAAGUCAAUUGCAGAGGAAACUAUGAAACGUUCCAAGGAUGAAAAAGAUAAAAUAGAAUAUGAAGAGCAUGAUGAAUUGAAUGAUAAAAUACAUGAUGAUGAUGUGAAAAGUUUGAAUGAUAAUGAAGAAAACGUCUCUGAAUAUCAAGAAAAAUCGACCACAAUGUUAAAAACAAAAAAAACUCGGAAAAUAAAGAAGGGCUCGUUUAAACGGCGAAAUGAAGCUCCAUGUAUUGAAGAAGUAGAGGAUUGUUCGAAACCAAAACGGGGCCGUGUGUCUAAAGAACAGAGACAAAAACUUUUGGAAAUGUCUACAGCGGCUGUAUCAGGUGCUAAUUCGCUCGUGGGACUUGGAAUCUUAUUGCAUGAUCCACAAUAUGGUCAAAGAACAGAUACUUUUUUUCACAAUAGAGUUCCACUGGACAAUAAAGAUGUCGAAAGUGGUAUAAAUCUUCCUCCGCAGGGUAUUUUUCUUACAAAAACGAAAGCUUCCCGGCGAAGAUAUGGCCAAAACCAUUCAUUAAGAGCAGGGGGUUCAGUUGAAAAAUCUUUUAUAUGCGAAAUCAUUGGUUGUGAAAAGAAAUUUCGCCGAAGCGAGCAUCUUAAACGGCAUGUACGAUCUUUGCAUACAGGAGAGAAGCCAUUUGUAUGUACAAUAUGUCAUAAAAGAUUUAGUCGUUCAGACAAUUUAAAUCAGCAUUUAAGAGUUCAUAAGGUUUCUAGCGAAGGAAAUCAAGGCACAGUAGUUAAUAAAAGAAGAGUCAGAAUGGUUGAAAAGAAAGGCCGAUAUCAUGGUAUACCAUAA